AUGGCUCAAAGAAUUGCCAUUGUCUCUGUCUAUGACAAGACAGGUCUGUUGGACCUGGCUAAAGGUCUUGUCCAGCAGAAUGUUCGCAUUCUCGCUUCUGGUGGCACAGCCAAGAUGAUCAGAGAGUCCGGCUUCGCUGUUGAGGAUAUCUCCGCCAUCACCAAAGCACCUGAGAUGCUUGCAGGCCGUGUCAAGACUCUUCACCCCGCUGUCCACGCCGGUAUCUUGGCUCGCAACCUUGCCUCUGACGAGAAAGACCUUGCAGAGCAACACAUUGAUAAGGUCGACUACGUCGUCUGCAACCUCUACCCAUUCAAGGAGACCAUUGCGAAGCCCAAUGUCACAGUCCCUGAGGCUGUUGAAGAGAUCGAUAUCGGUGGUGUCACACUUAUCCGCGCCGCUGCCAAGAACCACUCACGCGUCACCAUUCUCAGUGACCCCAACGACUACGCCGAGUUCCUCAAGGAGCUCGGCGCCGGCGAGAUCAAGGAGUCUAGCCGAAACCGAUACGCCCUCAAGGCAUUCGAGCACACGGCCGAUUACGACGCUAAUAUCUCAUCUUUCUUCCGUUCUCGAUAUGCAGGAAAUGGAGACCAAUACGCCCAACUCCGUUACGGUGCCAACCCCCACCAGAAGCCUGCUUCUGCAUUUGUGAAGUCUGCCAGCCUCCCAUUCAAGACUCUCAAUGGCUCUCCUGGCUAUAUCAACCUGCUGGAUGCUCUGAACAGCUGGCCCUUGGUCAAGGAGCUUAAGGCUGCUCUUGGAAAGCCUGCUGCAGCCAGCUUCAAGCACGUCUCCCCUGCCGGUGCCGCUAUCGGUGUGCCUUUGAGCGCCGAGGAGCGCAAGGUGUACUUCGUCGACGACAUCCAAGGCAUCGAGUCCUCCGCUCUUGCCCAAGCUUACGCCAGAGCGCGUGGUGCCGACCGCAUGAGCAGCUUUGGUGACAUGAUCGCCCUGAGCGACAUCGUUGAUGUGCCUACUGCCAGCAUCAUCUCCAAGGAGGUGUCGGACGGUGUCAUUGCACCUGGCUACGAGGAUGCUGCUCUAGAGAUUCUCAAGAAGAAGAAGGGUGGCAAGUACCUUGUCCUGCAGAUCGACCCUGACUACACCCCCGAAUCUACGGAAACGAGAACCGUUUACGGUGUCACGUUGCAGCAGCACCGGAACGAUGUUGAGAUCACCCCCAGCUCCUUCAGCCGAACCAUUACACCCAAGGACUUCUCCUUGCCCGAGUCUGCUACUCGCGAUCUCACAGUUGCGACCAUUGCUCUGAAGUACACUCAGAGCAACUCAGUCUGCUAUGCCAAGAACGGUCAAGUCGUUGGUCUCGGCGCAGGCCAACAGUCCCGCAUCCACUGCACGCGGCUUGCUGGUGACAAGGCCGACAACCUGUGGUUCCGCUUCCACCCCAAGGUUCUUGGAAUCAAGUGGAAGAAGGGCACCAAGCGCCCUGACAAGAGCAAUGCUAUUGAUCUGUUGGUAAGCGGCGAGCUGCCCAAGUCUGGACCUGAGCGCGAGCAGUUCGAGGCCUUCUUUGACGAGGUUCCUGCGGCCUUCACCGAGGAGGAACGCGAGGAGUGGUCUGCUAAGCAGAGCGACGUCGUUGUCUCCAGUGAUGCCUUUUUCCCCUUCAUUGACAAUGUUUACCGCGCACACCGGUCCGGAGUCAAGUACAUCGCUGCCCCUGCCGGUAGCCAGAAUGAUGGUGCCGUCUUCGAGACAGCGGAAAAGCUUAACAUGGUGUUCGUGGAACAGAACACCAGACUGUUCCACCACUGA